AUGGCGAGCCCCUCCGAUCUGAACUUGGACGCGCCCAGCGACCUUCAGGACAUUCCUGAACUGGCCAUGCAAUUGAUACCCCCGCCAGAAGGAACUUACCCAGAUAAGAAUGCUCUGCUCCAGGCCGUCCAAGAUCAUGGGAAGACACAUGGCUAUAAUGUGGUCGUCAAAUCGUCUAGUACCCCUACCGAGAAAAAACCAGGUCGCACAGCUAAGGUCUGGUUGCGAUGUGAUCGUGGUGGGCACUAUCGACCUCGAAAUGGGCUUACUGAGGAGACACGCAAGCGCCGGCGCACGUCGCGUCUCAUGGAUUGUCCUUUCAUGCUGGUCGCAGCUGGGUCUCCCGGGAUUUGGACUCUGACAGUCCUCAAUGCCACUCAUAACCAUGGUCCCAUGAUUGAGAAGCCUCGUCAGAUUCCUCAACACAAAGUCCGCAAGGGCCAACUCCCUGCCAUGCCAUACGAUUGGCCCCAUGAUGCUUCUUUUAGUCCGUACACCACGGCCCUUGUGAUUAUUGACAUGCAAAAGGACUUUUGUACACAAGGAGGGUACAUGGAAUUUCAGGGUUAUGAUAUCUCGGAUGCGCAGGCCUUGAUCCCAAGGAUCCAGCGGUUGCUAAUGGCAUUUCGCUCUGCCAACUUCCCAGUCUAUCACACCCGAGAAGGACACCGCCCGGAUUUGUCCACUCUUUCUAGCCGGGAAUCGCAUCGGUCCCGCAAUAAUGCCUCGGGCCUUGGCAUUGGCGCUAUGGGACCAUUAGGUCGCCUGCUCGUUCGUGGUGAGGGUGGCUGGAACAUUGUGGACGAAUUGUGUCCCUUUGCAAAUGAACCAGUCAUCGACAAACCCGGACGCAGCGCAUUUGCUCAUACCGACUUUGAGCUUCUCCUUCGCAAUAAAGGGAUCAAGAACCUUAUCAUCACGGGCGUCACCACGGAUGUCUGUGUAUCUUCCACUAUGCGCGAAGCCAAUGACCGCGGGUUUGACUGUGUGGUUCUCGAAGAUGGCACCUCUGCCGCGGAUCAAGCGCUCCACAACAGCACGAUCGAGUCCGUGAAGAUGGAAGGUGGCAUAUUCGGAGCCGUCAGCAAGAUCGAAGACGUGGUGCAUGCGCUUGAAAAUUUCAAGUCCGUCACCAUGAAGAAGCUUGCUCCUCAGAUGACGGCAUGA